AUAUUCAGAAUUUAAAAUAUGCCAUCCCCAAACAACAAGAACGCCACUAAAUAAAUAAAUAAAGAUACUGAUGAUAAUUUAUUGUUAUUAUUAUUAAUAAUACUGUUGUUGUACUUUUUCCCAGAAAAAAAAAUGCACCAACCACUAUAUGUGAAAUAUAAAAUAAAUGUGGCAAGUGCCAAAAAAUGGCCAAACCUUUAUUUAGUGAGUCUCGGGAGGAUACAGAGCGAACGCUCUCCCCUCCUCCGCCAUGUGAUGACGGACAGACUGUAUCACCGGAGCGAUGCUUGAAGUCACUCUCAUCAGCAACAAAGCGAAGCAACAGCAGCAGCAGCACUGACGUAAACCAUCCACCACAUCACCGGAACCAUACGGACCAGGACCGACACCAUAUCGUCUCUUCCGAAGGACGUAUAGGAUGAAAACGGAGCGCUGAGAGAGACUUGGGAUCGUGAUGAUGCUCGGACUCCAAUUCACGGCAACAUUUGAAAUGCGCGUUAAAUGGAGACUCAUGACAAGAGAUGCUGCAGGGUGCCGCAUUGCCUGGCCGCUUGAUGAUGGUAGGAUAGAGCAGCGCUUUUAACCGUGAUGCUCGUUCUUAGAUGCUUUUGGGGUGGGAUGGAAUGAAUGAACGGAUUUUGUGGUCGAGUCCUUGCCUCAGAUUUGAUCAUACGCAAACUAAGACGAUUUCAGCCUGCUUAAGCCAUAGACAUAUACAAUCGAUGAGCACGACCAGAUGAAUGUAUGUGAAUUAAAAAACCCACGAUACAGGUGAACUCAUAAGGUGAACUAACAGUGUCGUAGCUUACACUCAGGACCAUCUCCAAAGUCAGGGUUUAUUUGAAAGCACUGCAGUGACAGGGCUCUUUAUGAUUGGCAUUUUCAUAAUCAAUUACAUAGAGCAUAUUUAGUGUAGUAUAUACGGUAGUACAGUAUAGUCAGCCUUGGUCCAUUGCAAGGACAAUGACUCAUUUACAGGCAGGCCUGUCUCCAGAAACCCUGGAGAAAGCCAAGGUGGAGUUAAAGGAGAACCCCGAUACUUUGCAUCAGGACAUACAGGAGGUGAGGGACAUGAUCAUCACCCGUCCAGACAUUGGCUUUCUCAGGACAGAUGAUGCUUUCAUCCUGCGCUUUCUCAGAGCCCGGAAAUUUAACCAUUUCGAGGCCUUCCGCCUCCUGGCCCAGUACUUUGAGUACCGGCAACAGAACCUAGAUAUGUUCAAGAACCUGAAGGCCACCGAUCCGGGGAUCAAGCAGGCUCUGAAGGACGGAUUUCCUGGGGUUCUGUCCAAUUUGGAUAGAUACGGGAGGAAGAUUCUGGUUCUGUUCGCAGCGAACUGGGAUCAGAGCAGGUACACUUUUGUGGAUAUUCUGCGGGCUAUUUUACUUUCUCUGGAGGCAAUGAUCGAAGACCCCGAGCUACAAGUAAAUGGAUUUGUCUUGAUCAUUGACUGGAGUAACUUCACUUUCAAGCAAGCUUCCAAGCUAACUCCAAGCAUGCUGAGACUGGCAAUCGAAGGCCUGCAGGAUAGCUUCCCAGCCAGAUUCGGAGGGAUUCAUUUUGUCAACCAACCUUGGUACAUCCACGCUUUGUACACAGUCAUCCGGCCUUUCCUCAAGGACAAAACAAGAAAAAGGAUUUUCAUGCAUGGAAACAAUCUGAACAGCUUGCACCAGCUGAUCUUGCCUGAGAUUCUGCCGUCUGAGCUGGGUGGCAUGUUGCCCCCUUACGACAUGGGCACCUGGGCCAGGACGUUGCUUGACCACGCGUAUGACGAGGAGACGGACUACUGCCCCGAAUCCUAUACCUUGUCUGUCAAAGACCUGGAGAAAGAUCUGUCCCCCAAAACCAUGAAAAGGUCCCAGUCCGUAGUGGAGCCAGGUGUCCUGAAACGACCAGAAAAAGUGAAAAGCGAAGAAGAGAACAUGCAGCCACUGCUUUCGCUGGACUAAAGGCUCUUAAUUCCCCAGGCAACGAGGAUACGUCAAGCUCCGUAUGCUGGGGAGGAGUGCACCUUGUUCCUAUAACGCCGGAAAAAAAAUGUACAAAGAAAGGAAAUGUUAAGAAGCAAAAGAACACACAAACAGCCUCCAGGAACACUGCAGAGCUGCCAGUUAAAGUGAUAUUUUUGAAGCAAAGAGCUAACGGCGGACGUCCGUAUGUAAUUGUCAAGUGCCAAUUCAAAUCUGUAAAUACACUUCAGUUCUAGACGUGAGAUUGAGGGAGUAAUUGUGACAUGAACCUGUAAAGACUGCUGUGAAUAUCCUGUGUGUGCUUCUCGUGGUUAUUAUGUAGAACAUGGUACUGUAGGAUGGGUAAUCAUGCUUAUAAAGAUUCACAAGCUUUGGGGUUUCCAACAUUUAUAAUGGUGCGUUAAAGUCUUCCUGAGAAGUCGUGUUUACAAAGUCAGGUGCGUUCAAGUCACUUUCCUCAGAGCAAGAUGGCGCUGUACCUAUUUAACUACAAAAAAAUACAGUAAAUACGAGUGGAAAACUCAUGAUUUUCUUUGAGCCCUGAGUUUACGGGUUGGGGGGUGUGUCAGUGUGGCUGAAUACCCAUACCGGUGAACGUGAUUUUACCAAGUACAACAUGUUCCUGGAUCAACAUCUUUGUUGAUCCUGGAACAACAUUCCAAUCAACCAAUCAGAUUUGAGGGAAAGGUUUACAGUUUAUGCCAAGUUUAGGCUUACAACCAGGGUUAGGUGCUUCUAAAUCAGUGUUGUUCACCUAUCAUUUCCCUCUGAUUUUAGGGAUAAAUUAUGGGUAGGGUUAGGUUUAGGGGUAGGAUUAGGGUUAGGACUAAAUUUUUAGACAAGAAUUUUGUUCCAGGAUCAACAAAAUAUGCUGAUCCAGGAACAUGUCUUACUUGGCAAAAUCACGGUGACCCUGAAUACCACAUUACUUAGGCCUACAGGUAUUUAGCAGUGACAUUGUCAGGCUUUUACUUACAACGAACAAAAUAAGCUAACAUUUUCUUGAAGUAGAAUUUAAAAACCUUGCUGUCUUUUUGUGUAGUUAAUUAAGAGAAUGUACACUGCCAUCUUGGUCUGACAAAAGUGACUUGAACGCACCUGACGUCGCGAAUUCCCAACUCGUAAAUACAAACUUCCAGGAGGACUUGAACGCACCAUAAUACCCAAAUCAAGAGUCGCUCAGGAGUAUUUCGAAAGGAAAGCAUAGAGCUGUUGACAGCGUCAGACAGACAUAUGCUACUUCCAUUAAAGGAAACACCAUCGUUCGUCCAGGUUUCAGUGUCUCACAGCAAAUACCCCUUUACGGAUUUUUCUAACAAGUGUUUGCUAAUAUUAUUUUACCACAACUUAAGCUGUGUUAGUAUUCUUAUAUCCCAGAGGGGUCGAGUCACAUUUAGUAGGCUAGCUGAUUCUUCACUGAUGGCCUUGUUGUUUACACUAUGUCGUAGAUCUGUGGAAUAUCGCUUUAUUUCGUAACCAUUUCCCAAGUUGUUUCCCAAGGCAUCUGUAUUCAUACCAAGGACAACAAAGUGCUGUCUUUGCCAUCUUUCCAACUUCAGAAUCAUUGGUUCUGAAGUUAAAGGAAUAGUUCACCCAAAAAUGAGUAUUCUCUAUUUAUUUACUCACCCUUAUGUCAUUCCAAAUCAGUAUUUGAAUCAAGAUUUUGGAACAACACGAGGGUGAGUAAAUAAAGAUUGGCUGCACUAUCCCUUUAAAGUAUUAAUUAAGGCUUAAUCUACACUAAUCGGGAUACAUUUAAAAACAGUGUUUUUGUUUAAAAACGCUCUCUGUCCACACUAGCGUUUUCAAGUGUUUUCCAAAACACAGUGUUUUUAUCCACACUGAACGUCUGAAAAUACUUUUGUACCUGUACUGCACAUCAGUAAGAUGCUUCUACAUCCAUUAGGCGUUUAAAGCUUCGACGCUUUACAAAUCUUUCGUUUCGAAUCAGUGGUUCGGAGCAUGUAUCAAACUGCCAAAGUCACACCCCCCAGUGGUGAACCAUUGAUUUUCGACACUUAAAGCCUCGUUUACUGAAAUCAUGUGACUUUGGCAGUUUGAUAUGCGUUCCAAACCACUGAUUCGAAACAAAAGAUUCGUAAAGCUUCGAAGCUUCAUGAAGCAGUGUUUUGAAAUCGCCCAUCACUAGAUAUUGCUGAAUAAAGUCGUUAUUUUGUUUUUUGGUGCACACAAAGUAUUCUCGUCGCUUCAUAACCACUGUAGUCACAUGAACUGUUUUAAAUAUAUCGUUAGUAGCUUUCUGGGCACUGAAAGUGUUAAUUGUCUUGCUGGCGAUGCAGGCCUCACUGAGCCAUUGGAUUUUAUCAAAAAUAUCUUAAUUUGUGUUCUGAAGAUGAACGAAGGUCUUAUGGGUGUGGAACGACUUGAGGGUUAGUAAUAAAUGACAGAAUUUUCAUUUUUGGGUGAACUAACCCUUUAACAACGCUAUCAAACUGUAGAGCAGCCAAAACAACUGUGGUACAACGUCAUCCACCAUGUUGCUUUGGGCUGAAUGGGUCACAUGACUGAAAAAGCAUGAUCGUUUUUGAAAGCCUCCGUUUUCACCAUCCACACUACAAUGCGCAAACGCCUUUUACGAAUUAUAAUAAAAAGCUUUGUCUCAGGGGCUGUUUACACAAUACCGCUUUCAACUAAAAAUGGAAAAGUUUUUAUGCAUUUUGGCCGUUUAUUUACACGACAACAGCGUUUUAGGGGACUGAAAACGCAAAUUUUGAAAACAGGAUUCAAAGUGCAAGUUUAUGAAAAGAUACCAUUAUCAUCUCCAUGUAAACUACAAAAACACAAAUUUGUGAAAACGGUGAUGUCAUGCACAUGUGAGGUGUUCAGUCUAUAGGCGCGUCGUCUUUCUUUACAAAGUGACAUCGCCAACUACUGGCCUGGCAGCAUAAUACAGCGUUUUUAGUAGUUUUCGUGGAUCCGUGUGAACGAGGAUCGUUUUGACAACGUUGACGUCUGUACGCAAAGGAAAAACAUUUCCGUUUUUAGUACAUCAUUGUCAUGUAAACAUGCCCUCAGUGUGGACGGAAGGCCAAAACGGAGAGAAAAGGAUUCGUUUUCAAAUAAAAACGUAUUAGUGUGGACAAGGCCUAAAUUCCUUCAGUAUUACAAAAACAAAUUUAAACUAACACUAACACAGUGGUUUACACAGAGCCAUAAACAAGGCGUUGUACAGUGACACAUGCUAAUGCAUGCUUCCACAUGGUUAUCAUGGUAUGGUCAGCUUAUGGUUUAGAUUGUGUGAAAAUAGUUUACUCUAAAUUACUCAGCUGUUUUAUGGAAUGCUGUGUUGUCAGUCUUCUUGGCAAUAGGAUUUUGCAGCGGUUUAGUUUCAAGCCUGAAUGAGUGAAUUUGGGCUAAACAGAUCAUGUCACCAUUUAAUUUCAGGGACUUCUUUCUUUGUGCGUAUGUGUAAGGAACAAGGGCAAUAUACAUUUACAGUGUACAUUUAAAACAUAAAGUACAUAAAAAUCUUCCAGGCUUGAGAUUUUUUUUCUCCAUGGGAGCAAAUAAUUACACAUCCUCACUGAUUUUGAGUGAAUGAUACUUCCCGGACAAAAUUCAUAAUAUAAUCAAAACCUCUAAAUAGCUAAACAGUCAAAUUUAGAAGUACUGUGGUUAUCUUACUAUUUUGUGUGGUAUAAAAUGUAAAAUUCUGUGGGCACAGCUUCUGUACAGUGGUUCAGUUUGGUCCUGUUUUUAUUUUAUUAUUUCAUAACAAUCCAUAAGUAUUCAUAUGUAGUGUUUAUACAUACAUUUUAUACAUUUGGAUAUAUGCUGAAACAUACUAUAUAGGAGCAUUGACAGCAUCUAAAACAUAAUCAUAUUUAUAUAUCAGCGCAGCUUUAGAAACAUAAAAAAUCUUUAUGAAUCCUUACUAUUGUAUUAUCUGUCUAUAUAUAUAUAUAUAUAUAUAUAUAUAUAUAUAUAUAUAUAUAUAAUUUUGAUUAAACCAUCAAAAUAUUUUAAGUAUGAAAGAAGCUCAAAACACUAUAAGGUAUAUUUCUGAUAUUAUAUGUAUUAUUUUGCAAAAAAAAAAAAAAGAGGCAAACUACAGCUACAUGUUUUAUUUUACUAUGUAAAAAAACUCACAGGAAAAAUCAUACAUUGACUUCAACAAGUUAUUAAUAUUUAUUAAUAAUCAAUUUUUAUAAUCAAUAAUCAAUAAUCAAUAUUAAAUCAUUUUUUAUUGUUUCAAUUUUCAUUUUCGCAAGUUUCAUUGUGCUUACCACAAAUAAAACAACUGACUGUGUGUGUGUGUGUACAUAUAUAAUAUAUAUAUAUAUAUAUAUAUAUAUAUAUAUAUAUAUAAAUGUGUGUGUGUGUGCAUGCAAUUUUAGUCAUACCAUUAUAUACAUAUUUGUAAUGUCAUGGAUUAAAUACAAUACAAUCAGCCUCUUAAUUCCAUUCAUUAUUCAUAAACAUCUUUACAGUUGUUUAUACUGUACAUAGUUACAUUUUAAAUGCUGUUAAUACAUUAUGUAUGUUUCAGUGUUUAUACAAACAAAAGAAAAAACAUUGAUAUUUCUUUCCAUCUGCAGCUCCGGACACUAAGUCUGUACCACUUACAUCUAUAUCAGACUUUUCCUCUUCACAACAAGCAGGUUAACAGUCCAGAUUAUGACUUUUUAUAUUUUGCUGACAACUUAUGUUAAGGAAAGUGAUCACCAGUUUUUAUUUGCUAAAACUAAAGUCUGCCCACUGUCAUGACUCACUGGGUUUCUAACAUCUCAAAGGAGCAAAAAUUCUUUCUAAACACCUUGCUGUUUCAUCCUGAACAGAAACAGGGAAGACAAAAAGUUGACAAUUGGCUGUUUUGAAUCUGAAUGUAUUUCCCAGAGAGUGAUGUCAUACUACUUUGGGUUCAGAGAAUGCCGUUAUGUAUAGUUAUUAUUACAUUUUCUGAAUCAUUGGAGGAUAUAGUGAGCAGAAAGGAAUCAAACAAUGGUGUAAAUUGUUUAAGUAUAUAUUUAGUAGAGCUGUGUUAAUGCCAUGAUCAGUAUUUUAAUACACCUUGAAUUUAUUUGUAUUCCUGUAUAUGUUUUUGGUCAUGCUGCAUUAUGAACAGCCUUGUUUGUAUUUUAGGCAAUCGGAAUGUUGAUCAAACUGUCUCCAUUUUUCUAGCCUUGCUUUCUAUGGAUACGUACAUGUAUUGCCAUUACAACCAAAGCAACCCUGGGUCAAGGAAAAACAACAAUUAUUCCCUGCUUUUCUAAAGACUACAGGAACAAUGCAUUCGGUAUUUCUUUGAUUGUUGACUUCACUUUUCCAUAUCACUUUGAUUGUAUAAUAGGGUGUUAGUGCUGAGAAGCCCAUGCAGUAUAGAGGUAUUAUCAUGCAGAACACUACAUGUGGUUUAAAGGAACCUGUUGAAUGGAAGUAAAUAUGUGUAUAUGUCCUUUCAAAAUGCUGAGAUAAAUUAUGUAACUGAAACUAAACUGCGAAAGGAAAAAAAAAGCAGCCAAUAAAUAUUGAUAUACAUAGUUUAAACCUUA